GACUAUGGCAUCUGUAGCCACCCAACCCACGUCCGCGGUGUCCUCUGUACCCGCCUCUCAUUUACCAACACCACCCGAGUUGGAGGCGACCCUGAGCAUGCUUUCAGCACAUCGAUCUGUUCUUGGGUACAUUCUUUUAUCAAGGCCGCACAAUGAACAUCGGACAACGACGAUUGCGGCUAGUAGCAACGCGCGUGUAGAGGAAGGGGCUGCGAUCAUCCGACAUUCUGGCGUUAUAUUCGAAGGCGAACAGGGUCGAAAGUAUGCGAAGGCUAUCGCCCGAAUCGUAGAAAGCGUUAGGGAAGGUUUGGACGAUGUUGGUGGCGAGGAUGAGAUCCGGUUCAUGAGGAUACGGACAAAGCGACACGAGAUCAUGAUUUCUCCUGACGAGCGUUACCUGUUAGCCGUACUACACGAUCCCACCACUUGAUAACGGCGUGAUGGCAAUCGUUCGUGGCAGAUACCCCAUAGGUUUUGGCGCUUGAACAUGUAUACACACCAACGGCGACUGACACUUGCCAAGUUGCAAUAAUCCUCACAUGGGCGAUCUUUUGGGAUUCCUUUUGGGCUGAAACCGUGCCCUGACUUGACUGGUGGCAGGUUUGCGCCAUUAAAGUUUUGCCAAUUUGAGAAUCUAUUGCUUGAUGACUGUCUCAUUCAUCUAGAGGGUACACACGAUGUUCUCGAGCGGCGAACUUGAUAAGCCGCUCGGUCUCGAGCCCUCCCCCACGUCUGCCCACUGCCGUCGUGCCUAUGUGGGUUUGGAUUCAUACCCGCGAAGGAAGA